CUUCUUCUUCUUCUUCUUCUUCUUCUUCUUCUUCUUCUUCUUCUUCUUCUUCUUCUUUGGUUUCACAUUUUCAAGAAGCUUGUGGAGGUUAAAACAACAACAGCACAACAUUCUCUAUUCCAUCUCCAGAUCCAAUCUUGCUUUCACAGAUUCAAGAAUCAAGACACUAACAAAAUUCACAGGUUUUGAUCUGAAGAACGAAAUCUCUCGGAGAAGGACAAGGACAAGCUUGUCGCUCCUGUUUUGCCUUUAUUUGGUUUCUGGUGCAAGAUCUUCUCAUGGUAUGAGAUUAAGAAGUGAUAUGUUUCUUGAAUCUAUCGAUCUUCUAAUGUCAUGAAGAGGAGAGAUUCUGGUAAGUUUAAGGAGUUAUGGAGACCGGUACAAGCGUUAGCAACAACAAUGAUAGAAGUAUAAACGAUAGCUAUGAAGCAAUCAAGAAUGGAUCAUGGUUUAAUCAGUUCCGCAAUGGCUGCAAUCCAUGGAUGGCUAGAUAUGUAUAUGGUCUUAUCUUCCUCAUCUCGAAUCUACUAGCUUGGGGUGCUCGUGAUUAUGGUCGGCGUGCCUUAAGAGAAGUAACAAUAUUUAAGAACUGUAAAGGUGGAGAAAACUGUUUGGGGACAGAAGGAGUCUUGAGGGUUAGCUUGGGAUGUUUUUUGUUCUACUUUGUUAUGUUUCUUUCAACACUUGGCACGUCGAAAACGCAUUCUUCAAGAGAUAGAUGGCAUUCUGGAUGGUGGUUUGUUAAACUCAUCUUGUGGCCUGCUUUAACCAUCAUCCCCUUCUUGCUUCCUUCUUCCAUUAUUCACCUUUACGGAGAGAUAGCCCAUUUUGGUGCAGGGGUAUUUCUCUUAAUACAACUAAUUAGUGUGAUCAGUUUCAUUCAAUGGCUUAACGAAUGCUAUCAGUCUCAAAAAGAUACAGAAAAAUGCCGUGUCUAUGUGAUGCUACUAGCAACUACAUCAUACACAGUGUGUAUAGUAGGAGUGAUUUUGAUGUACGUUUGGUAUGCUCCUGAUGCUUCAUGUCUUCUCAAUAUAUUCUUUAUAACUUGGACUUUGUUCCUCAUCCAACUCAUGACAAGCAUAGCUCUCCAUCCUAAAGUGAAUGCUGGAUACUUGACUCCAGCUCUUAUGGGACUCUAUGUUGUUUUUGUAUGCUGGUGCGCUAUUCGAAGUGAACCAGUGGGAGAAAGUUGCAAUAGAAAAGCAGCAGCUUCGAACAGAACAGAUUGGCUUACCAUAAUUAGCUUUAUGGUUGCACUACUUUCAAUGGUUAUCGCGACGUUUUCAACAGGAAUAGAUUCUCAAUGUUUCCAGUUCAAGAAAAAUGGGAAAGAUCAAGAAGAAGAAGAGGAAAGGGAAGAUAGUGUUCCAUAUGGAUAUGGAUUCUUCCAUUUUGUGUUUGCCACAGGAGCAAUGUACAUAGCUAUGUUACUCAUUGGAUGGAACACUCAUCACCCUAUGAAAAAGUGGACGAUUGAUGUGGGAUGGACAAGUACUUGGGUAAGAGUUGUGAACGAGUGGCUUGCUGCUUGCGUGUACAUUUGGAUGUUGGUGUCUCCACUCAUACUAAAGAGCAGAAGACAAACGACAAAUGGGACGACGUAAGAGAUAAAAGUGAUUUUUGUGAAACGACCAACAAGUAUUGUCGUUUUGGAUCUCUUCUCUCUGCAUGUGGGAUAGAUAUAACUAAACCACUUUUUUUCACCUACGACCAAGAUAGAUGUUGAGGUGGCAACUCAAACAUGUUCUCAUGGGUUUGGUGGGGAAAAUAGUAUUAGACGAUUAGACUGGAGACUUGUCGGGACAGCAAAAAUCUUUGUAAGUAGAUUGUUCUAGGAAGGUUGAUUACGAAAAUAGUUAUGAUUAUUAUUUUACCAUCUCAUUUGUGACGGCCUUAAACCAUAGACCUUGUCCAUAUGAUGGUUUGCACACAAAAUUACACAUGCA